AUGGUUGCUGCUGCCAUCCUCCGUAGAACCCCUGGCUCUUUGGCCUCAGCUAUCCGCCUUCACCGCACUGCUGCUAUCGCCACCCCCAUUGCCCGCUUCAUGAGCACCCAUGUUACCAACGCUGCCUGCGAGGACAACGAGCCUGGUUUCUUGGGUUCCGUUGAGACUUUCUACGAUCGCGCUGCCAAGAUCAGUGGAGUCUCUGACAAGUCCUUGACCGCCAUCAAGGCCGUUGACGCCGUCUUGAGCGUCAAGUUCCCCGUCGAGAUCGACGCCGACACUCACAUCAUCAUCGAGGGUUACCGUGCCCAGCACUCCCGCCAUCGCCUUCCCUGCAAGGGAGGUAUCCGUUUCUCGGAUGAGGUCGACCUCCAGGAGGUCGAGGCCUUGGCUUCCUUGAUGACCUACAAGUGCGCUGUCGUCGAUGUUCCCUUCGGAGGUGCCAAGGGAGGCGUCAAGCUCAACCCUAAGAAGUUCACCCCCGCUCAGCUCGAGCGCAUCACCCGUCGUUACACCAUGGAGCUCUGCCAGAAGAACUUCAUCGGACCCGGUGUCGAUGUCCCCGCUCCCGAUGUUGGAACCGGUCCCCGUGAGAUGUCCUGGAUCAUGGAUACCUACCGCCAGUUCAACCCUCAGGAUGUCAACGCUGCUGGAUGUGUCACCGGCAAGCCCAUCUCCCAGGGAGGUGUCCGUGGUCGUAACGAGGCCACUGGUCUCGGUGUCUACUAUGGUGUCCGCGAGUUCUUGCAGUUCCCCGAGGUCCAGAAGAUGACUGGACUUGACGGCAACAUUGCUGGCAAGACCGUCAUUGUCCAAGGAUUCGGAAACGUCGGUUACUGGGCUGCCAAGUUCUUCCAGAACAACGGUGCCAAGAUCAUCGGUAUUGGUGAGCACGAUGUCUCUGCCUACGACCCCAACGGUAUCGACGUUGAGGCCAUCUUCAAGCACCGUGCCGAGAAGGGUACUUUCCGUGGCUUCGGUAACGCCGAGAUCAUUGACGGAUCCAUCAAGGUCAUGGAGCGCGAGUGCGAUAUCUUGAUCCCCGCCGCCCUCGAGCGUCAGAUCGGUCUCAAGAACGUCAAGAACAUCAAGGCCAAGAUCAUUGGUGAGGCUGCCAACGGACCCAUUACCCCCGAUGCCCACGACUACCUCGUUUCCCAGGGCAAGGUUGUCAUCCCCGACUUGUUGUUGAAUGCCGGAGGUGUCACUGUCUCGUACUUUGAGUGGCUCAAGAACUUGUCCCACGUCCGUUUCGGUCGUAUGUCCCGCAAGUGGGAGGAGGCUGGCAAGUCCAAGCUCUUGACUCUCGUCGAGGAGAACGCCGGUCGUCAGUUGACCCCCCAGGAGCGUCGCGCUGUUAUCCACGGAGCUGAGGAGCACGAGCUCGUCUACUCUGGUCUUGAGGACACUAUGAUCGGUGCCUGCGAGGAGACUCGUGCCACCGCUGCUUUGAAGAACACUGACUUCCGUACCGCUGCCCUCGUCAACGCCAUCCAGAAGAUUUCGACUGUCACCACUCAGUCUGGCCAGAUGUUCUUGUAA